ACUAAAUUUCAAGAUUUGAAUUUUGGCGCUAUUGAAAAGUGGGGAGGAUUUAGGAAGGCCUCCGAGCUGGUAGAUGGCUCUCAAACUCGGACACGCUACAUUUAACAUUGUGCUCUUAUGGCAGCUUCCACUCUAUCUGAUCCUCUUUGCCCGAACCCAGCCUGUGUAUACUUGUACUGUGUCACAUCAGUCUUCUCUCCGGCUAGAACACAUGCUAGUUACGACGGGGACUUUGUUUUCGAUGAUACCGAAGCUAUUGUUAAUAACAGAGAUGUACGUGACACACCGUUCUGGGAAGUAUUUCAAAAUGACUUUUGGGGAACUAAAUUAUCACACAAACAAAGUCACAAAUCUUAUAGACCAUUUACCACCCUAAGUUUCAGACUACAAUUUUGGUUACGACAAAGCUUAAUUUCACAAGAUUAUCAUAUAAUAAACAUAAUAUUACACAGUAUAAUUUGCCUGUUAACUUUAUUUGUUUACAAUGUAUUUUUGGGACCAAAGGAACAAAGUACCUCGUUCUAUGCCACAGCCUUAUUUACAGUUCAUCCAAUACAUGCAGAGGCUGUGUCUGGAAUUGUUGGACGUGCUGAAUUAUUAUGUAGUUUGUUUACCUGGCUAUCGAUCUUGUUAUAUAAUCAUACAAUAUAUGCAAAAGAUAUGUUACGUGAAUGGGUCACUAUGUCCGGUUUCACUAUUUGCAUAACCGCAGCAAUGCUGUGUAAAGAAACCGGAAUCACCGCUAUCGGUAUUUGCGCAAUAUACGAUAUAGUUAUCGUGAACAAAAUAUAUCCGAUCGACAUAAUUAAUUUUUUUAAACGCGUUUCGUUUAAACGUGCCGAUAAAUUUUCAAAUAACUUUGUCAAAUAUAAAAGUACUUUGCUACGACUCGCUGCACUCGUUUUCAUUGCGAUAACGCUUUUAUUUCUAAGGUUUAGUGUCAUGGGGUUCUCCACUCCAAAGUUUCAAUCAGUAGAUAAUCCAGCGUCUUUUAUGGAUAAUACAUUGUUACGUAUACUUAAUUAUAACUAUAUUUAUUGCCUGAAUAUGUGGCUACUUAUAUGUCCCGUGUGGCUCUGUUUCGAUUGGUCGAUGGGCUGUGUCUCUCUUAUCACUAGCUACGAUUAUAGAAUUCUUGUGAUCAUCAUUUUUUGGUUCAUGUUUGGAACAUUAAUUAUAUACAUGUUUAUCUCUCACAAAAACAAGACUUUAAGAUACGUAAUUAUGGGAUUUACAGUAUUGAUUUGUCCGUUUCUGCCAGCUAGUAAUAUCUUCUUCAACGUCGGAUUUGUUUUGGCAGAGAGAGUAUUAUAUAUUCCUUCAGCGGGAUAUUGUUUGUUAGUUGUUAUUGGUUUGCAGAAACUCACUGCUCGAUUUUCUUUGCCCAAGACAUUGUUACUGGCGUAUGCGAUGCUGAUUGUAUUAUUGUUUUUACGUUCUUGGAUAAGAAGUAAUCAGUGGAGAAAUGAGAAGAUGCUUUUUCAAUCGGCGUUAAACGUAUGCCCUUUGAAUGCAAAAGUACAUUAUAAUAUUGCGAAAAAUGCUGCAGAUGCGGGAAAAGUUAAUCUUGCCAAAUUGGAGUACCAAGAAGCUUUACGAUUAAAUCCAAAAUAUGCUCAAGCUAUGAAUAAUCUUGGCAAUUUACUCAAAGAUGAUGGAAAAUUUUCGGAAGCUAUAAAUUUAUUUAAACAAGCUGUUACUUUACAGAGAGAUUUUUCUACGGCAUGGAUGAAUCUAGGUAUAGUUCAGUCAGCAUUGAAACAAUACGAGGAAUCAGAAACGAGCUACUUUAUGGCUCUACAAUACCGAUCAAAUUAUCCAGAUUGUCAUUAUAAUCUAGGUGUAUUAUAUUUGGAACAAAAGCAAUAUGAUAAAGCGUUAAAGGCUUGGAUAAAUGCAACUAGACAAAAACCUACACAUAAACGUGCCUGGACAAAUAUGAUACUGCUAUUAGACGAUUUAGAAACGCGGGGAAGAUACAGCACGAUGUAUCACAUGAAGUACUGACAGCAAAAAUGCAGCAGAAAUCGAGCAGAGCCUAUCGUCAUGACCUGAUGGCGAAAACGCGGCAGGUAUAGAAGUUUGCUAUGGGUGCGUUCCGAAAUCUACUGACAGUACUGACAGUACUGCUACUGAAGUUACUGGGUUUGAGCUGUUCCGAAACGCCAGUGAAUACUGGCAACACUAAAAAACGGAAUGCGUUUAUAGUCAAACCAGCAACUGUUGAUGCCAUCAUAAAAACCUAACUUUAUACAAUCUAAUUAUGGCAAAUGUCAAUGCAAUUAUAAUUGCAGUGCAAGGUAUUGUGAAUGUUAUUAAUAGUGACAGUGACAGUUCAUCAGACGAUGAGGAAGAAAUUCUAAAUGUCUUAAACAUGAUUACUAAGCGUAGACCAUUGGAAUUAAGGCCACGCAUAAAAAAUUAUAUUGAAAAUGUUAUUGCUUUACUUUCGGAUGAAGGAUUCAAAGCACAUUUUAGGUAGGAAUUAUAAUAAAAAAAUAGAAUUUCUCUAUUAUUUCAUUAUUGAACAAAAUAUUGUGUGAUAUAAUCAUCGCGUGAUUUUCAGAAACACUUCAUAAAUGUUAUUGUCGCCAUCAAUAAGUUCGUAUCGAACAGUUUCCAUUGUUACAAUUAAUUUUUUAACAAUUUCGUCAAUUUUAAUUAUACACAUUAAUAUACGGCGGACGGCGGCCAUAUGCUUUACUGAAUUUGCACUACCUCCGGAUAAUGUGUAAAAUUAGCCGGAAGUCAGUAAUUCCCUAGGGUCUAUUUUUGUAGAAUAGAUAGUAAUUUACAGUUGCUGACAGCACGCUGAAAACGAUUUCGGAACGAAAAAA